AUGCAGGCCUUCAAACUCACCCUCCCGGACGGCAAGACCGUCUCCGGGCUCCACAGCAUUCCCGCGCCCGCCGCCGCCGCCGCCGCCGCCGCCGACAACCCACUCCGCCCAGCUCACUGUCCCCUCAUCGUCGGCCUGCACGGCGGCACCUUUUCUGGCACUUACUUCGACAUCGACGACACCUACAGCGCCCGGCACAUCAGCGCCGCCACCGGCGUGCCCUUCAUCGCCCUCGAUCGUCCGGGGUACAACGACACCACUCCCGUCGGGGACGCCAUCCCGGCAUCGUCCUCCUUUUACGAGGAAUGGGGCACCGUCCUCCAUCGCACCAUCCUCCCGGCCCUCUGGGACGAGUUCGCCGUGCCAAGCGGGUGCUCCGCCAUCGCUCUGCACUGCCAUUCACUCGGCGCCCCAGGUGCCUGCGUCGCGGCGGCAUUGCACGCCGAGGAGACAUCGCCCGCGUACCCGCUCGCCGCCAUCACCAUCUCGGGCUUCGGAAACGCUGUGAAGAACUACCGCACCGAGGACUUCACACCACCCGACGACCCGCCGCCGUCGCACGUCCACUUCCCGCACCACAUCAAAGACAUGCUAAUGUUCCCGCCCGGCACGGCGGACGCGUCGCUGCUGAGGCACACGGCCCGUCUGGACCAUCCGAUGCCGUACCGCGAGACGGCCGACCUGCGGAGUAAGUGGCUCGCCGGCUGGCGGGAUAAGUUUGCGGGGAGGAUUGCGGCGCCGGUGCUGAUUGGUCUUGCGGGGAGGGAUGGGUUGUGGUUUUCAAAGGAGGAGGAUGUGAGGGAGUACAUAGCUGCGUUCACGGGGAGUCGACGGGUGGAGGGGAGCGUGAUUCCUGGGGCGUCGCAUAAUAUCGAAAUGAGUUAUUGGUCUCAGGGGUGGUAUGCGCGUAUAUUUGGGUUCGCGAUGGAGGGAGCGGCGUCUUUGGCGAUUGGGGACGGGGAUGGAGAGGGCGAGGAACUCGCGGGACAUUGA